AUGGCCCCCUCAAUUCCCUUCUUCCUUCUCCUCCCACUCUUCCUCUCCUCCCUCCCACCAUCAAUUCAACAGAACCUUUCCUUCUCCAUCGACGAUUCCCCGUGGCGGCCCGAUCAGGUGGGCCGCAUCCUGGUUUCCCCCAAUUCAACCUUCGCCGCCGGUUUCCAGUCGAUCCCCGACUCAUCCCAAUCGUAUAUCUUCUCAAUUUGGUAUCAGAGCGAUUCCAAUCGCACCAUCCUGUGGUCACUCAACGGCGAUCAACCGGUCAACCAGUCAGCUUCCCUGAUCGUCACACCCUCAGGGGCCCUCCAGCUCAAUGGCCCCACAGGCCAGAACCUAUGGCGGGACGCCAUUGGCCGAUCCAACGAUUCCAAACUACUACUAAAUGAAGAUGGUAGCCUGGUUUUCGACAAUUGGACUAGUUUCGACUACCCCACCGAUACCAUCCUCCCAAAUCAGCCGUUCCUCCGUAACAAAACGACGCUGAUCGCACGGCGGGAUUUGAAUUCUUACGCCAAGGGAAGCUACAUGUUCUUCGAUGCGAAGAUCCUGACCUUCAAUUCGUCCGACAAGUACUGGCCUGGCGACGACGGCAAUGGUUUCCGAAAUCUAACCAAAGACGGUGUGAUUUUGAGGGACAAUGGAAACUUGAUCACGGCCGACGCGAAUUCUAAUCGGAACCGUCGAUUGACUCUAGAUGUCGAUGGGAACUUGAGAAUUUACAGCCUGGAUCGUAAUUCAAGUUCGUGGACCGUCGUCUGGCAAGCGGUCCAGGAGCUCUGCACCAUACAUGGCUCAUGUGGCCCGAAUUUCAUAUGCAUGAGCAAUGGGUUCGAUUCGAGAACCUGCGUCUGCCCCGUCGGAUUCAAAAUGGUGGGCCCGGCCUGCGAGAGGAAGAUCGAGCUACAGGUGGACCGUCGCCGCAGCAAAUUCCUCCGGUUGGAUUUCGUCAAUUUCACAGGCGGCGCCAAUCAGACCGAUCUGAAGGCUCCAAACUUCACGACAUGCGAAUCGGGCUGCCUCGCCAAUUCCCGCUGCCUUGGAUUCGCCACCAAGUUCAACGGUAACCAGUACUGCGUCCACCAGAUCGACCGCUUGCUGAACGGCUACUGGUCGCCGGGAUCGGAGGUGGCCAUGUUCCUUCGGGUAGACGAAUCAGAGCCUGACGAAUCAAAUUUCACAGGCAUGACGACGAUGCUCGAGACUAUCUGCCCGGCCAACAUAAGCCUCCCAUUCCCACCAAAAGAAUCCAACGCCGAGCGGCGGAACCUCGCAAUCAUCUGUUCGCUCUUCGCCGUCGAGCUUAUAAGUGGGGUUCUCUCCUUCUGGGCCUUCCUGAGGAAAUACUCCAAGUAUCGCGACAUGGCUCUCAUUUUAACAUGCGUCGACUCAUUUCCUGAGGUCGCACGAGUCGGGAGGCCGCUGUUUCAGCGGCGGAACGAAUAA